AAUUUCUUUGUUUUCUAUUUUCAGGUGUCAGCCAAUGACCCAGAUUGUGGUGUUAAUGCCAUGGUUAAUUACACUAUGGGAUCAGUGGGUUCAAAGUAUUUGAGUGAAUUUAAUGUACGUUCUGCUACUGGAGAAAUUUGCAUUGCCGGCGAGUUGGAUUUUGAAAAGAAACAAUUUUAUGAAUUUCCCAUUAUAGCAACAGAUAGAGGUGGCCUUAGUACAACUUCAAUGAUAAAAAUACAACUAACCGAUAUCAAUGACAAUCGUCCCAUAUUCUUUCCACAACACUAUAACAUUUCUCUACGUGAAACAGCCUCUACAACCGUUUCGAAUAGUCCAAUUGUUACAGUAGCUGCCACCGAUCCCGAUUCGGGACGUUUUGGUAUUAUUACCUAUCGUAUUGUUAGUGGUAAUGAUGCUAGUUUAUUUCGUAUUGAACGUUCAACUGGUGAAAUAUUUCUUAAUCGUCCCAAUAUGCUAUCGGCACGCACGCAAUCUUUGCAUAUACUUAAUGUAUCGGCAAGUGAUGGUGGCGGUUUGAGAACACAAGAGGAUGCUUUAGUUUUUGCCAAUAUAAUUGAUGCUACACAACGACCACCAAUAUUUGAGAAAUUACGUUAUAAUUUUUACGUAAAAGAGGAUGUAGUGCGUGGCAGUGUGGUGGGUACGAUACAGGCCACAAGUUCGGAUGCAGCCAAUCGUAAUGCUAUUCACUAUACAAUUUAUUCCGGAGAUCCUGAAGGUUACUUUUCCAUUGAUGAAAAUUCGGGCAAUAUACGAGUUGCCAAUAGCCUGGAUCAUGAGAUGAAGGCACAAGUUUUUCUAAAUAUCAAGGCAUCUAUGGGUCUAAAUAGUAUACAGGGAUAUACACAGGUAAUGCUAAAAUACAAGUCUGAAAUUUUACUAAAAUUAUAUCUGGUACAUGUCCCAAACUAUAGUCCGAUUCUAACCAUACGUUACAUCAAACCCACAAAAUCAUUGACAUUUUUAACAACUCACUUAACCACAAUCUAUGGAAGUGAAAUCACAACACGCGAACCUUUGGAUCGUGAACAGCGUUCUGUUUAUGAUUUAGUAGCAGAGGCUCGCGAUCAAGGUACACCGUAUCGUAGUUCACGCGUCGCUGUCAAAGUCCAUGUUACCGAUGUCAAUGACAAUCAACCGAAGAUUGUUGAUCCGCAAGAGGAUGUGGUCAGCGUACGAGAGGAACAGCCACCAGGCACUGAAGUUGUGCGCAUACGUGCUGUCGAUCGUGAUAAUGGACAAAAUGCAUCGAUCACUUAUUCGAUAUUAAAAGGUCGUGAUUCGGAUGGCUUUGGUCUGUUUAGCAUAGACGCCAACACGGGUGUCAUACGUACGUUAGUCGUGCUGGAUCAUGAGGAACGCAGCAUAUAUCGUUUGGCUGUGGCAGCAACAGACGGUGGCAAUCCACCAAAACAAUCAAUACGUUUGCUGCGUGUUGAGGUGUUAAAUUUGAAUGACAAUCGACCAACGUUUACCAGCUCAAGUUUAGUAUUUCGGGUACCCGAAAACAUUGCCAUUGGUCAUAUAGUAGGAUCGGUUGAUGCCUCCGAUCGCAGCAAACAAAAUAUGAUCUUUAAUGAAGAUAAUCUUUAUAUAACUUACACAUUAACACCCAUAUCUAAAGACCUUAUCGAAGGAGCCUUUGAUAUUGAUCGUCAUACAGGAUCACUAGUAGUGGCACGUCAAUUGGAUCGUGAACUACAAGCUGAAUUUCGUUUGGAAAUAAGAGCUCUGGACACGAGUGCCAGCAAUAAUCCACAAAGUAGUGCCAUAGCGGUUAAAAUCGAAAUAUUAGAUGUUAAUGAUAAUGCACCCAGUUGGCAGGAAGAUCCCAUCAAAAUACAAGUCAGUGAGUUGGCCAGUGAGGGUUCAGUGAUCUAUAAUUUCUCAGCCACUGAUGCGGAUACCGGUCUUAAUGGACAAAUACAAUAUAAAUUGUUAAAAUACAGUCCCAAAAGUUGGAAUGUGGAAAAGUUACCAAAGGAAGAAAGAGAUCUAUUUAAUGUUGACAUAUUAACGGGAGGUCUAACUGUUAUGGGUCCUUUGGAUUAUGAGACCAUUAAGGAAUAUAUAUUAAUAGUACAAGCUUUUGAUUUGGCUGAAAAUAAAACGGAACGUUUAUACAGCUCGGUAACUGCCGUGAUUAAGGUGUUAGAUGAAAAUGAUAAUAAACCUGAAUUUGUAAUACCACCUCUAAAUCGUGAAACCAAAAAUAAAUAUGGUUUAAUAAACAAAAAUGAAACUCCUACGGCUACGGUUUUUAUAUCGGAUAAUAAAAGGAUAGGAGAUCUAUUAAUGCAUAUAGUGGCAAUAGAUCCUGAUACCGGCAAUAAUGGACGCAUUUCUUAUACCUUGAUAAAUGGCAAUGAAUUAAGUUAUUUUCGUUUAAAUAAAGAAACAGGAUUUCUCGAACUGGCCAAACCUUUACCACCUGUAGUGCACAAUACAGCCGAUAGAAUGCCCACUUCGAAUACUCUGCAACGCAAUAGAUUUGAGUUGCUGAUUAAGGCUGAAGAUCAGGGCGCUAAAGAAAAAUUAAGUUCUUUAAUGAAAUUGGAAAUUUUAGUUAGAGGCACUAAAAGUAAUCCACCACGUUUUCUAAAGUCUAGCUAUUAUGCCAACAUAACGGAAAAUGCUUCAGCCGGCAGUUUUGUAGUGCAAGUGUCAGCAAAAUCUUUUAAUGGGGGAGAGAAUGCUAAUCUCACCUAUGAGAUACCAACAGGUGUCGCCGAUAAUCAUUUUCAUGUUGACACCCAACGUGGCAUUGUCACCACACGCGGUCAAUUUGAUCGUGAAACAAAAGCCUCAUAUACGGUGCCAAUUUAUGUAUAUGAUGCUAAACGUUCAACAUCUGCAGCAGCAGCAGCAAGUAGUAGCAGUGGAAAUUCUUUAAUGGCACGUAGACAAAGAUCAUCGGUAAAUGAAGCGGCUGCCGCACAAAAUGGCCAGUUUGAUGUUGCCAUUUUAUAUAUAACGAUAACUGACAUUAAUGAUCAUGCACCGGAAUUUAGACCGGGAUCAUGUUAUGCACUCUCAGUACCGGAAAAUAGUGAUUUAGCGGUAAUACACACAAUUGUGGCAACUGAUUUAGAUGAAGGUGCCAAUGGUGAAAUAAUGUAUACCAUAAUAGGUGGCAAUACUGGCAAUAAAUUCAGUUUGGACAUAAACUCUGGUGAAUUGACUGCCCGUCCUUUGGAUCGUGAACAACAAUCGCGUUAUAUUUUACAAAUUCAAGCUACUGAUCGUGGUUCUCCCAUUAGCUAUCAGGGUCAUUGUAAUAUUACCGUUAUAGUUGAGGAUCAAAAUGACAAUGAUCCUCAUUUUGAACAGUCGAAAUAUGUGGCGAAUGUAGCGGAAAAUGUUCCCGUGGGUACAAGUGUUAUGCGCAUUAAAGCUAUGGAUGAUGAUUUGAGCAUCAAUGCUAGACUUUUGUAUACCUUGGCAAAUGAGACUCAAUGGGUGUUUGCUAUCGAUAAUAAAAGUGGUGUUAUCAGUACAGUGGGUCCCUUGGAUCGUGAACGCCAACAUGUUUACAAUUUUAUGGUGGUGGCCACAGAUGGUGGUCGUUAUGACUCACGAUCGGCUCGUGUUCCCGUACAAAUUAUGAUCGAUGAUGUUAAUGAUAAUAAACCGGUUUUCGAACGUUAUCCAUUUCGUGCUCAAGUACCUGCCCUUAUACAACCCGGACAGAUUCUAGUACAAGUUGCAGCAACCGAUAAAGAUUUAGGUUUAAAUGGUGAAAUUCUCUAUUCUCUCAAAGAACAAGAUGAUCCUUCUACGCGUGGGAAAUUUCGCAUUAAUCCCAAUACUGGUGUAGUAAGUGCCAGUCAAAGUUUGGCUAGUGAAUCGGGACGUCUGUUGCAUUUGGAAGUGGUGGCUAGAGAUAAAGGACAUCCGCCCUUGUAUGCUGAUGGUCUUAUAGAAUUGCUAAUAGGCGAGUUUCCUCGGGGUGCUCCUUCUCUAAGAUUUCAAAAUGAUUCGUAUCGCAUUAAGAUCGAGGAAAACUCUCCCGAAGGUUUUAGACUGUUGCAAGUGAAUGCCAUUCGCUCGGAUGGUAGGAGAACUAAGUUGACAUACUCCUUUGGUACGGGUAAUGAUGAGGGAGCUUUUGUUAUUGAUCCAAAUACUGGUGAAAUAAAAGUAUCUAAUACUGAAGCCUUGGAUUAUGAAAAAUAUGCUGCUGGUAACAUGGAGGAAAUACAAUUGAAUGGCAAACAUUUUGGUUACCGUGGUCGUGCCCUAAUGUAUGAUUUAAUAGAAGAAGGAGAUAAUUCAAAUACCAGCGCCAUGGAAGAACAUAAUCCCGCUAGAAGUCAUAGAGCUUUAAGAAGACGUGAAAUGGAUGAUUUACCCGUACUAUUGGCCUCUGCCAUACAACCGCAUGAACUAAGAUUAAUGUUGGUGGCACAAAGUGAAUCACAUGCUGGCAGUGCCCCACUAUAUGCCUACGCUGAACUCAUAGUAGAACUAGAAGAUGUCAACGAUAAUAGUCCACAGUUCACACAGUCACAGUAUGCGGCCACAGUGUGGGAGGGCAAUAAUAAAGGCACUUUUGUUGUGCAGGUUAGUGCUUUCGAUCAGGAUUCUGCUGCAAAUUCACGCAUACUCUAUCACAUUGUUGAUGGUAAUCAUGAUAAUGCAUUUGUCAUUGAGCCGGCCUUUAGCGGCAUUGUUAAAACGAACAUUGUGUUGGAUCGUGAAAUACGCGACAUGUACAAGCUAAAAGUGAUCGCCACUGAUGAGGGGGUGCCACAGAUGACAGGCACAGCCACGAUACGUGUCCAUAUUGUAGAUGUGAAUGAUAAUCAACCCACAUUUCCACCGCACAGUGUUAUCAACGUUAGUGAAGGCACUGAAUUGGGUUCGGUUAUUACCACCAUCUCUGCCAAUGAUGUUGACACUUAUCCAGCUUUAACCUAUCGCUUUGGCUCUGAUUUGCCAGACCAGCUAGCUAGCAGUAGAAGCAGCAGAAGCAGUAACAGCAAUAGUGCUUUAGAGUUGGCAGAGUUUGACAUUAAAUCCAUAUUUGCCAUUGAUCGUUACAGCGGCAAGGUAGUACUCAAACGUCAUUUGGACUAUGAACAACGGCAAGAGUAUCAAUUGGAGAUAAUAGCCUCUGAUGCUGCACAUGAGGCACGUUGUACGCUAACAGUACGUGUAGGAGAUGAAAAUGAUAAUAUACCAGAAUUUGAACAGCCUACAUAUUUUGCCAUGUUGCCGGAUAUGCAACUAACAUCAACGUCUUCGCUGACUACGGACAUUGAAUUGUUGCGCGUUAAUGCCACUGAUUUAGAUGCCGAAGAUAACAAUAAUUCAAAGAUUGUGUUUAGCAUUAAUCCCUUGGUAAAAGGCUUCACAGUUAAUGAGCAAACAGGAGCAGUGUAUGUUAAUAUUAGUCGACUGGCUGGACCGGAUGGAGAAGGUCUAUCGGAAGAUCUUUUUGUUACCAUAGUAGCUUCAGAUAAGGGUUCACCUCCUUUAAAAUCUACAGCCACAUUAAGAGUUCAAGUUCAAGGCCACAACUCAGCUAGGGCUCAGUUUUUACAAUCUCACUACAGAGCUCAUAUAGCAGAAGAUGCAGCCUUGGGUACUGUGGUUUUGAAAUUAAGUCAGGAGAUAUUGGAUGCCAAUACCGAUUUUAAUGAUGCCAAUCUUAUGUUUAGCAUAGUAUCCGGCAAUGAAGAGGGCAAAUUUGAGGUUUAUCAAUCCAAAGCUAUCAUAUUAGUCAAGCCCUUGGAUCGUGAGCAAAUGGAUUUAUAUAAACUGCGUUUGGUAAUCAGUGAUCCCUCCGCCUCUCCGCAACAACUAAUUUCUCAAGCUGCGGAGAAUUCCACUUCGGCUAUAAAUGUUUUUGUUUCUGUGGAGGACUACAACGAUAAUGCUCCACAAUUUUCCAAUGAAAUCAAAUAUGAAGCUGAGGUUAGUGAAUUGGCUCCUUUACGCUAUUCCAUAGCUGAGAUUGUGGCAAAAGACAUGGAUGCCGAUAACACACCCAACUCUGAAGUAGUGUACGAAAUAAUGUCUGGUAAUGAUGAAGGCAUGUUUACUAUUGACUUGGUUAAGGGAGUUUUAUUUGUCAAUAAUAAAUUGGAUUAUGAUACGGGAUCCAUGUGUUAUGAAUUGAUAAUAAGAGCCUGUGAUAGUGCUCCUCAACCUUUAUGUUCUCUAAAACCAUUUCGUUUAUCUUUGCGUGAUGAAAACGACAACAAUCCUACUUUUCCUGUGGCCGAAUACAUUGAAUUUGUGGCUGAAAAUGAGCCUGUGGGUACGAGUGUCUUUCGUGCUAGAGCUACAGAUUUGGAUCGUGGUACUUAUGGUUUGCUUAACUAUACCAUUGAACAUGAAGCAUCGGGUUCGGAUGAUAUAGCCUGGAAGCUUUUUAGAGUCGAUACUCAAUCGGGCAUUGUAACGACUAAUUCAGUAUUUGAUUUUGAGCAGAGAAGUCGUUAUGAUUUCAUUUUAAGAGCCAUGGAUACAGGAGGAAAAUCUUCUAAAGUUAAGGUGCGCAUACAGAUAGAUUCUCGUGAUGAAUAUGCUCCCCAAUUCACCGAACGUACAUAUCGCUUUGUAAUGCCUUCCCCAACAGGAGGUUAUUUACCUUUGGGCUAUGUGGUGGGUCAGGUAUCGGCCUCUGACCGUGAUAAGGGUCCAGAUGGCAGGGUUGUCUAUCAAUUGAGUUCACAACAUGCCUACUUCAAGGUUAAUCGUACUACCGGUAUGGUGGUAUUGAAAAAGAAGUUGGAUGAUAAUUUUGAUGAUGGUCGUGAUAUAAGUUUGGUUAUUUCCGCGAGUUCGGGUCGACAGGGCUCUUUAACGAAUAUGACUGUGGUAGAGAUAUCUUUAGAUCCUUUGGCUGAUCCAGGCACUAAUUUGGCCAGCAGUGUGGGUGUUGGUGCUGGUUCUACUGGCGGUGGUUUAGCUGAUUGGAUUUUAGGUUUGAUUAUAGCGGUAAUGUUACUAAUAUGUGCUGCCGCUGGUAUAUUCCUUUUCAUACGCAUGCGCCGCAGUAAGCCAAGAAAUGUAGUAAAGCCCCACUUGAAUCAAGAAACUGUAGGCAAUUCCAAUAGUUAUGUAGAUCCCAGUGCCUUUGAUACCAUACCCAUUAGAGGCUCUAAUAUGACCAGUACCAAUAACAAUCCUGGUACCUCGGGGGCAACAGCACAAUUUGCCCCUCCCAAGUAUGAUGAAAUACCACCUUACGGCAAUCAUGCGGGGAGUUCUAACUCAGGAGCAGCUACCACUUCAGAACUUUCAGGCUCAGAACAGUCCGGCUCCAGCGGCCGGGGCUCAGCCGAAGACGAUGGCGAAGAUGAGGAAAUCAGAAUGAUUAAUGAGGGCCCUUUGAGAGCAGGAGCUAAUGGAGAAGAUGGCCGUUUAUCAGAGAUAUCAGUGCAAAAUACCCAAGAAUAUUUGGCACGUUUGGGUAUAGUAGAUCGUGAUAAUAAUCCCACAGGAGCAGCUUCUAGCACUAGUAUGGCAGGUUCGAAUAAAGAAGCUCAUAUGCAUCAUCCUUUGCCUAUGGUGGACUCUUUACAUAUGUUUACAGAAGAUCCGGCCAAUGAAACCGAUAUUACCAAUCUAAUCUAUGCUAAACUUAACGAUGUUAAUGGUGGAGCUUCCGAUAGAGCUAGUAGUGCCGAUGAGGCAGCCACUACAGCGGGAAGUAUAGGCACAGCCGUAGAUCAUGUUAUGGGCUAUAGUAACCAUCCAGUGGUAAGUGCCGCUAAUGUAGGACCCUCUAUGACGGGCUCUCUAAGUUCUAUAGUACACAGUGAGGAAGAGUUAACGGGUAGUUAUAAUUGGGAUUACUUACUAGACUGGGGCCCCCAAUAUCAACCGUUGGCUCAUGUUUUCUCCGAAAUAGCAAGACUGAAAGAUGAUAAUAUAUCGGUUAAUAGUGGCACUAGUGGUGCUUCUUCGAGUAAUAAAAGUAAACAAAGUUUAGCACAUUCCAUAGCCAGUGUGGUAAAGCCACAUAUACCACCUCCGCUGUUAACAAAUGUUGCUCCUAGAGCUAUUAAUCUGCCGGUGCUAUCAGGCUCAGGAGUUAAUAUGAGAAUGCCGCCAAAUAGCUCACAUCAUGGUACGGCGACUACACAUUUAGGAGCAGGAAACCAAUAUAUGUUACCACGUUCUCCCAUAAGUCAUGAUGCUGCUGGAGGUUUUUCCACCUCUUCCGCCAUGUCACCGUCAUUUUCACCCUCCCUAUCACCUCUGGCUACCAGAUCACCUUCAAUAUCUCCCUUAGGAGGAGUAUCAACCGGUCAUCAUAUGGUUAAUAUGCCCCGUCAUCAACCACAAGCCUCACAAAGAGCCAAGAAUAUGGUUAUAGAUCAAGUAAGAAUGUAAAUGCAUAAAUCCACAAUAACAGCAACAAAAAGUGAUUUAGUUUUAGGAAUUUAGAUUUUAAACAACGAUUAACAUUUCAAAUAGUUUACGAGAGAGUGAGACAAAUUUGAAAACACUCUCGGCUGUGUUAAGAAAACAUAUUGAACAUUGCUAACUUACAACACCAGACCCCCCGCCCCCAUUCCCCAUCGACACAUUUAACCUUUGUACAGUUUUAGUUUGUAAUUAUUAAAAAAAAUGCCAUUAAUUUUAAGUUUAGUUUUAUAAAAACUAAAGAACAAAACAUCACCUCUAAAAUACUCACACCAUUAAACAUUUCCCUACGAAUAGGAAAAAAAUUUUCCAAAAAUUUUCCUUUUAACGAAUUUUUGAAAUAAACGUUUACUUGCCAAUUUCAUUUAGAAAUAGUUAUAUUUUAUAUAUUUUAAUUAUUUAACAAUUACUGUAAAUAUGCAAAAUAUUGUUAAAAACAAGACUAAAAACAAGCCAAUAAAGACUCUUUUUUUAUGUUAAUAUUCAUAACUUACACUCACAAAAAAAUUGUUUUAUACAUAAAUUAAAUUUUCAAAAUAAAAUGAAAAAACAAGCCAUAAAUUUUAAGCAUUUAAAGAUGAUUUAGGUUUUUAGUUUAAGAAACUUAGAAAUAAGAAAAGAUAUAAGUUAUAAUAUUUAAUAUGUAUUUAUUUGUUUUAUUAUUUCUCUAAGUGUAAGCUUUAAAAACAAAAAACAUAUUACAGUCUAUCAUCAGCUUAAACCUACAACUUGUACAAAUUGUAACCCUUUUCUACUCCUUUCCCCUCCUCCUCCACAAAGUUAUUUCUUUAAGUGUAGUUUCUAUAAGUUAAGAUUUGUAACAAAAACUAUUGUACAAUUGUUAUUAGUAAAUUAAAAUUUUUAUUUUAUAAUAUAUUUUUAAUUAAAUAUAAUUAAUUUUUUAUUUGCAAUUGUGUACAUUUUUUUUUGUAGAAAUAUUUAAAACAAAAUUUUAAUCAAAAGUUAAACAAAUUUUGUUAAUAGCUUAAUAUGGUUUUAAUAUUUUUUUUACAGUGUAUAACAUGAAGAAAAAAAUGCCAGAGUUAGUUAGCACUUUUUGUAAAAGUGUUUAAGUAUUGUUGUAAAUUAUUUUUUAUUUUUCGAAUUUAGCAUUAAGACACCACAACAAAUAUUAAGAAAAAGAAAACAAAUUUUGUAAAUUUUUUUUGUUUUAAGAAACAUUUAAUUAUAUUAAAAUUAAUUAAAAUAAAAUAAAGGAAACAAAUUGUUUUUGUUUUUUGCCAGAAAAGCAUGAAAAUAUUAAAAAAAA